CAAAUUAAUGAAAAAAAAUUAAUGGAAUAAAAAAAAUUUAUGAAGUAAGAGAAAUGGAGAAUAUUUUUCAAAAUACGAAUGUCUGGGUGACAGAAGUGGGUGAAGUACUCCAGAGAUACUCAUCAGCAACAGUGAAUUUUGUCGUUGAAACAAUUGGAGUGCCAGACCUCACGAGUGUGAUAAAACCGAGUGGUGAAUUGCUGCUGGAUGUCAACGAUUUUUUCAGACAGUUUCCGGAGCUUUUGGCGUUCGACUACUUCCAGUGGCAGCUGCUGAAGGUCUUUGUGUCGGUUCUGGUGACCAUUGUGUUCAUGAUAUUCUGCGCGUGGUAUGUCUACGGGGCGAGGAUCACGGAGAGGUUCAUGGAACCGGGUCACAAGAUAGACGAUCGAAACAACUUCCAAUACUACUCCCCGCUCUAAAAUUUUCAUGUUGAAACCCUCAAAUCAAGAGACAAGAAUGAAAACAACAGAAAGUAUUUAUGUUCGUCAAUAAAAUUGGUGAUACAUCAUUU